UCAAGCGAUUGUCCUGCCUCAGCCUCCCGAGUAGCUGGGACUAAGGUGCGCGCCACCAUGCCCAGUUAAUUUUUGUAUUUUUAGUAGAGACGGGGUUCCACUAUGUUGGCCAUGAUGGUCUUGAUCUCUGGACCUCAUGAUCCGCCCGCCUUGGCCUCCCAAAGUGCUGGAAUUACAGGCAAGAGCCACCGCGCCCAGCCAGGAAUGACACAAAUGAAUUACCUUAUAAGUAAAUGCCAUUAAGGAAGGAUAGCUGGAAGAUGGGUUGAGGGGAAUGGAGGACCACAGAACUAGUCCUAUUUAAACACAUGUGCAUGGUAAAACGAUUCCAUUUGACAAUAGGUUAAUUAUCUCAUAGCAUAAGGAAAAUGCUUAACAGUCAUAUGCAAGAUGAUAAGCUUUCCUAUAGCAUCCAACCAAAAGAUCUAGCCAGUACAAUUUCCUUUGCUAUAUUAGGGUUAGAAAGGCCCCCAGAGGUGAACUAAUUAGAUGGAAUCCUUGAAUAAAACACUGGAUUAGCAGUGAACAGAAAAAAGUCAGAUUGCUUUCCUUCUUCCCAUAGAUGUCUCAGGGAUAUUUAGUUUUCUCAGAAGAUAAAGAAUUUAGUAAGCGUUUUUUUGUGCAUACUUACAUGAAAUGUACAUUAUUUGAAUUCUUAAAAAAGAAACAGCUGCAUGAUAACAAAAAUUGUGUUAUGCUUUCUUUAGCUGGUAUUUUUGCCAAGAACAAUUAUAUCGGUCGGACAAGAAGCUAUUCCUAAGAAACAAUAUUUUUAAUCCAGGAAGUUUUUCAUUUUUAGAAAUUUAUCUUACUAUUUCCCAAGCAAAAGAGGGUAGUUACAGAUUCACUAAGAAUCAUGUGCUCACAAUUUUUGUUUAGUAAUUAUUCCUCCUUAAAAUAUAUUAAUCACCUGACUUACAAUGGUGGAACCAUGAGUGCAUUUUUGCCUUUAUUGUCAAUAACUUCUUCUCAGAAGUGAGCCACAAAGGUGCAUAGUUCUUGGAGUUAAAGGUCUGAAUUAAGACAAUCCAGCGUAAGUCUCGUUAAUGUGUGAUGAUUUUGAGAAAAGGCAAGAAGCACCUAAGAAUCUCCCCUCACUGUCCAGUUCCCUGUUUCAUUUAAAGAUUCACUAUAAGUAACUGAAAGGCUUUCCUUGGGAGGAUUUAUUUGAAUCAGUCUUUCACAUGCAAAGGAUAUUGUAGAACAUCUCGUUUUUGCUGGCAGGAAUAUGAACAUCUGUUGUGAGGAAAGAAAAAGUUUCAUGCAAAUUACACAGCCGAAGAAGGGAUGUUCAAGUUGAGAAACCAGUGACAUUUCUUGUAACUGUACUAUGAAUCAGCGCAUUUUAAUCUUCUAGAUAAUAAUAUGGAAGUGGAGGAAGGUGAUAGGAAACGGUGUUCAUUUUACGUAUGCGUUAUUUUAUUUUAUUGUGUGUGAGUGACUUCAUGGCACCGACAUUGCUGUUUUUAAAUGAGGAUACAGUAAAUUGCCGUCCGAGGAAGGCUAACUGGAAUCAACAUACCCGUAGCUUUAGAAAGCAGUUUCCGCACCAGCGAAGAGUACAAGAGCGAUGGAACCCCAUGUUCCUGGAAGUUUGCACAUCAGAGUAAACAAACUUGAAAACCCCUCUUGAUAGCAGAAUUCACCCAGCCUUGUUCCAUUUUCUCUUAACAAAACACACCGCAAAAGCUCUCACAAGCUGCUUUGAUGAAGCCACAUGUAUUUCCCCCUUCACAAUUUACAGGAAGUUACUCUUAAAAGAAAGUGAUUCUGGUGUUUACCGCCUGUGUUAAAGGGACAGAGUUCCUUUUUAUUUCUGAUAACGUUUGAGCGAAAUACAGAAACUAUCUGUAGACUAGCAUAGUCGGUACGUGAGUAAGGAAAAGCAAUAACCUGCUGUCCUGUGAGCGCAAAAUUCCUGCUACGAACAGUGCCUUACUGCUGCUUGGAGACUGCAAGUCGCAGAUCACACUAGGUAUUGACUGAUUGUAUACGUGUAAGGAAAUUUCUUAAAGUCUAAAGUAAAGGUGGUACCUCCUAAAAAGAGGGAAAGAGAGAAAACUUUGUGUGGAAGGAUAAGGAGUGUGUUUAUAGUUUCAGUAAGAGUGUACGUUUUAAUUUUUCUUCUUCCUCUGCCUCUUUGCCAAGUAGCCUGAGUGCAUCUGUUAACCAGAAGUAGUAUUACUCUAGGACAAACUUCAAAUUCUUCAUUCUGCGUUGCCUUUAAGGAACAACAUACCUUCUUCCUGUUCUUUUUCCAAAAACAUAUGCCUAUGGCUCUGUGUGUGGUGUUUUAGCCAGCCUCCUCCCAGAUAAGGGGUUGCCUUCCCUCCUUUGCAUUGAAAGGAAAGUGCAAGUCUGGACAUGUUUAUCAAGAGGAAAAGUGACUUCUCAGUAAUAGACUGUCAAAUUCUGGCUGCUGCCCCAGUGUUAGCUUUGUUAUGGCAGGUGAAGUUCACCUUUGCCCCACCCAGUGUUUCCACAAAAAGGCAAGGUUCCAAGUAUUCAUAUGAACAAGUGUUACUUUAGGACUUGGAGGGUUGGGGGUGGAGGAUGUUUGCAUAGUUGAAGCCUUGGGCGGGGGUGUAGGAAACGGCGAGUACAGAGGCCAUAGAAAAAGCUGAGACUCAGUUUGACGUCGUCAGCCAGCUUGGUCUUCUACCCAGUGACUCAAAGCACUAAAAGUCAGCAUAAUCGGAACUGAAGUCAGUAGCAUCGCCCAUUUGCCAUUCACUGCAGUAGCAAAAGUAGUACUCUGUGGUGGGUUAAUCGGUUUGAGGCAGCUCCUUAAAUGAACAUUUGUGUUUCAUUUUUCUGUUAUUUUCCCGAACAUGAAAAGACGAUAAAACUGAAAUGGAAAAGAUCUAUUCCAGAGGGGAGCUUCACCACUUCAUUGACGGCUUUAAUGAAGAGAAAAGCAACUGGAUGCGCUAUGUGAAUCCAGCACACUCUCCCCGGGAGCAAAACCUGGCUGCGUGUCAGAACGGGAUGAACAUCUACUUCUACACCAUUAAGCCCAUCCCUGCCAACCAGGAACUUCUUGUGUGGUAUUGUCGGGACUUUGCAGAAAGGCUUCACUACCCUUAUCCCGGAGAGCUGACAAUGAUGAAUCUCACACAAACACAGAGCAAUCUAAAGCAACCGAGCACUGAGAAAAAUGAACUCUGCCCAAAGAAUGUCCCAAAGAGAGAGUACAGCGUGAAAGAAAUCCUAAAAUUGGACUCCAACCCCUCCAAAGGAAAGGACCUCUGCCGUUCUAACAUUUCACCCCUCACGUCAGAAAAGGACCUCGAUGACUUUAGAAGACAUGGGAGCCCCGAAAUGCCCUUCUACCCUCGGGUCGUUUACCCCAUCCGGGCCCCUCUGCCAGAAGACUUUUUGAAAGCUUCCCUGGCCUACGGGAUGGAGAGACCCACGUACAUCACUCGCUCCCCCAUUCCAUCCUCCACCACUCCAAGCCCCUCUGCAAGAAGCAGCCCCGACCAAAGCCUCAAGAGCUCCAGCCCUCACAGCAGCCCGGGGAAUACGGUGUCCCCUGUGGGCCCCGGCUCUCAAGAGCACCGGGACUCCUACGCUUACUUGAACGCGCCCUACGGCACGGAAGGUUUGGGCUCCUACCCUGGCUACGCACCCCUCCCUCACCUCCCGCCAGCUUUCAUCCCCUCAUACAACGCUCACUACCCCAAGUUCCUCUUGCCCCCCUACGGCAUGAAUUGUAAUGGCCUGAGCGCUGUGAGCAGCAUGAAUGGCAUCAACAACUUCGGCCUCUUCCCGAGGCUGUGCCCUGUCUACAGCAAUCUCCUCGGUGGGGGCAGCCUGUCCCACCCCAUGCUCAACCCCACUUCUCUCCCGGGCUCGCUGCCCUCAGAUGGAGCCCGGAGGUUGCUCCAGCCGGAGCAUCCCAGGGAGGUGCUUGUCCCGGCGCCCCACAGUGCCUUCUCCCUUACCGGGGCCGCCGCCAGCAUGAAGGACAAGGCCUGUAGCCCCACAAGCGGGUCUCCCACGGCGGGAACAGCCGCCACGGCAGAACAUGUGGUGCAGCCCAAAGCUACCUCAGCAGCGAUGGCAGCCCCCAGCAGCGACGAAGCCAUGAAUCUCAUUAAAAACAAAAGAAACAUGACCGGCUACAAGACCCUUCCCUACCCGCUGAAGAAGCAGAACGGCAAGAUCAAGUACGAAUGCAACGUUUGCGCCAAGACUUUCGGCCAGCUCUCCAAUCUGAAGGUCCACCUGAGAGUGCACAGUGGAGAACGGCCUUUCAAAUGUCAGACUUGCAACAAGGGCUUUACUCAGCUCGCCCACCUGCAGAAACACUACCUGGUACACACGGGAGAAAAGCCACAUGAAUGCCAGGUCUGCCACAAGCGAUUUAGCAGCACCAGCAAUCUCAAGACCCACCUGCGACUCCAUUCUGGAGAGAAACCGUACCAAUGCAAGGUGUGCCCUGCCAAGUUCACCCAGUUUGUGCACCUGAAACUGCACAAGCGUCUGCACACCCGGGAGCGGCCCCACAAGUGCUCCCAGUGCCACAAGAACUACAUCCAUCUCUGUAGCCUCAAGGUUCACCUGAAAGGGAACUGCGCUGCGGCCCCGGCGCCCGGGCUGCCCUCGGAAGAUCUGACCCGAAUCAAUGAAGAAAUCGAGAAGUUUGACAUCAGUGACAAUGCUGACCGGCUCGAGGACGUGGAGGAUGACAUCAGUGUGAUCUCUGUAGUGGAGAAGGAAAUUCUGGCCGUGGUCAGAAAAGAGAAAGAAGAAACUGGCCUGAAAGUGUCUUUGCAAAGAAACAUGGGGAAUGGACUCCUCUCCUCAGGGUGCAGCCUUUAUGAGUCAUCAGAUCUACCCCUCAUGAAGUUGCCUCCCAGCAACCCACUACCUCUGGUACCUGUAAAGGUCAAACAAGAAACAGUCGAACCAAUGGAUCCUUAAGAUUUUCAGAAAACACUUAUUUGGUUUCUUAAGUUAUGACUUGGUGAGUCAGGGUGCCUGUAGGAAGUUGCUUGUACAUAAUCCCAGCUCUGCAAAGCUCUCUCGACAACAAAUGGUUUCCCCUCACCUCUGGAAUUAAAGAAGGAACUCCAAAGUUACUGAAAUCUCAGGGCACGAACAAGGCAAAGGCCAUAUAUAUAUAUAUAUAUAUAUAUAUAUAUAUAUAUAUAUAUAUAUAUACACACAUAUUAUAUAUACUUAUUUACACCUGUGUCUAUAUAUUUGCCCCUGUGUAUUUUGAAUAUUUGUGUGGAUAUGUUUGCAUAGCCUUCCCAUUACUAAGACUAUUACCUAGUCAUAAUUAUUUUUUCAAUGAUAAUCCUUCAUAAUUUAUUAUACAAUUUAUCAUUCAGAAAGCAAUAAUUAAAAAAGUUUACAAUGACUGGAAAGAUUCCUUGUAAUUUGAGUAUAAAUGUAUUUUUGUCUUGUGGCUAUUCUUUGUAGAUAAUUUCUGCACAUCUGUAUAAGUACCUAAGAUUUAGUUAAACAAAUAUAUGACUUCAGUCAACCUCUCUCUCUAAUAAUGGUUUGAAAAUGAGGUUUGGGUAAUUGCCAGUGUUGGACAGUUGAUGUGUUCAUACCUGGGAUCCUAUCAUUUGAACAGCAUUGUACAUAACUUGGGGGUAUGUGUGCAGAAUUACCCAAGAAUAACUUAAGUAAAAGAAACAAGAAAGGGAAUCUUGUAUGUUUUUGUUGAUAGUUCAUGUUUUUCCCCCAGCCACAAUUUUACCGGAAGGGUGACAGGAAGGUUUUACCAACCUGUCUCUCCCUCCAAAAGAGCAGAAUCUUCUCACUGCCCUGUCCUCCCCACCGAGUCCUGUGGCCAUUCAGAGCGGCCACACGACUUUUGCAUCCAUUGUAUUAUCAGAAAAUGUGAAGAAGAAAAAAUGCCAUGUUUUAAAACCACUGCAAUAUUUUCCCCAAAGCAUAGGCGGCUUUGUGUGUGUGCGGUUUGGGGGCUUGAGUCUGGGUGGUGUUUUGUUGUUGGUUUUUGUUGCUUUUUUUUUUUUUUUUUUUUUUUAAAUGUCAAAAUUGCACAAACAUGGUGCUCUACCAGGAAGGAUUCGAGGUAGAUGAUAGGCUGAGGCCACACUUUAAAAACAAACACACAAACCACAAAAAACGGGUAUUCUAGUCAUACUGGGGUAAAAGCGGGUAAUGAACAUUCCUAUCCCCAACACAUCAAUUGUAUUUUUUCUGUAAAACUCAGAUUUUCCUCAGUAUUUGUGUUUUUACAUUUUAUGGUUAAUUUAAUGGAAGAUGAAAGGGCAUUGCAAAGUUGUUCUGCAACAGUUACCUCAUUGAGUGUGUCCAGUAGUGCAGGAAAUGAUGUCUUAUCUAAUGAUUUGCUUCUCUAGAGGAGAAACCGAGUAAAUGUGCUCCAGCAAGAUAGACUUUGUGUCAUUCUAUCUUUUAUUCUGCUAAGCCCAAAGAUUACAUGUUGGUGUUCAAAGUGUAGCAAAAAAUGAUGUAUAUUUAUAAAUCUAUUUAUACCACUAUAUCAUAUGUAUAUAUAUUUAUAACCACUUAAAUUGUGAGCCAAGCCAUGUAAAAGAUCUACUUUUUCUAAGGGCAAAAAAAUACAAAAAAAAAAGAACAAUCCUUUCUGAGACUUUGCUUAAUACUUGGUGACCUCACAAUCACGUCGGUAUGAUUGGGCACCCUUGCCUACUGUAAGAGACCCUAAAACCUUGGUGCACUAGUGGGGACCACAAAACAACCGGGGAGGAAGAGAUACAUCAUUUUUUAGUAUUAAGGACCAUCUAAGACGGCUCUAUUUUUUUUUGCCACUUUAUGAUUAUGUGGUCACACCCAAGUCACAGAAAUAAAAAACUGACUUUACCACUGUAAUUUUUCUCUUUCCCUCCUUACUAAAUACUGAUACAUCACUCUUCAAUCUAUUUUCUAAUUAUAUUUGACAUUUUGUUCACAUCAACUAAUGUUCACCUGCAGAAGAGAACAAAUUUCGAAUAGUCCAGGGAAACCCAAGAGCCUUACUGGUCUUCUGUAACUUCCAAGACUGACAGCUUUUUAUGUAUCAGUGUUUGAUAAACACAGUCCUUAACUGAAGGUAAACCAAAGCAUCACGUUGACAUUAGACCAAACACUUUUGAUUCCCAACUACUCGUUUGUUCUUUUUCUCCUUUCGUGCUUUCCCGUAGUGAGAAUUUUUAUAAAGACUUCUUGCUUCUCUCACCAUCCAUCCUUCUCUUUUC